AUGCUUCAUGGAAUGCAGAACUAUCCAUUAAUGACCAAAGGAGCUCGAGCGAAAAAAACAGGUAUCCUCGCUUGGCAUGAGAAGAAUGGACAAAAAAGGAAAGAGACUGUAUUGGGAAGAACUAUACAUAACACAGUCAAAACCUUGGUAAAAACAAACACACGAGAUUCCGACGGUGGUCUGCUGCUGAACACAACAGGGUGUACUAUACCAGACUUCACAAAGUCAGUGAUGUUCAUAGACGCUGUAAAUGAGAAAAAACGUUGUCAAAAACGAAUCGUGUUUGUGGAAAGAAUACUCGGGGAUACUGUAAAGUUUCACAUAGCUCGGCACAAGUUGAAUGGUACUGGAGAGUUCUCGUGUUGUUACAAAUUUGCCUCCAGGUCUACUGCAAGAGGGAGAGAAGACGAUGAUAUCAGUUAUACAAAAUGUACAGUUUUUGACGAUGGCUAUGUGGUCAGUUUAGAAACUGAAGCUUUGGUGGUGAACUGCAUCCAACAAUCGAACGGGAAAACAACUUUCACUUACGAAGAUUCGUAUUUGAUAUUCAAGAUGGUGGAGAGACCUAAAAUAGUCGAAAAGAAAUGGAAUGUUCUGGUGUUUGGGUUGGACACGAUGUCGCGCGCCAGGGCAUACUACAGCCUCCCUAAAACUGUGGAGCUGCUGGCUGAAGAGGAUUGGCUGGACUACCACGGUUAUAACAAGGUAAAUGACAAAUCGUUUCCCAACCUGAUGGCAGUGUUGUCAGGGAUACAGCAAUCGAAGCUGAGUCAGUACAAAGCAAGCAUGGAAAAAUGCCAGAACUCCAUGAUAUGGACCAAAUAUAAGGAGGCGGGGUACGUCACAGCUUUUGCAGCCGACUCGGCACACGCGCACGUCAUCAACAGCCACAAAAACAGAUAUUCCAAGCCCCCUACGGACCACUACACCAAAUACUUCUACCACACAGGAGAGUAUUAUUCUGGCAAUAUCCUCUGCGUUCAAAGCAGGCCAGGAGCUCGUCACAUGUUCAACUACAUGGGAGACUUCGUCGAAGCAUACAGGAACGACAACUUUUUCGGCUUUUUCUGGUCAAUGACUUACACCCACGACGACGGAUCAAUACCAGGACUGAUAGAUGAGAAACUAACCAGGAUCUUCAGAAGGAUCCGCCGCUCUGGAGCUUACAACAACACGUUUAUCUUCUUCUUCAGCGAUCACGGGAUAGGGUACGGGGAAAUGCGAUUGCACAAGGACGCGUAUUACCAGGAUAGGUUGCCAAUGUUGUUCAUCUGGACACCUCCUACCUUCAAGGACAAUUACGCUGAUGAGUUUUCGAAUCUGAUGACUAAUCAGUAUCGUUUGACGACGCCCUACGACUUGCACGAGACACUUCUGGAUAUAAUAAAGCUGCCAAACUCGUGUCCGGAAUGCAAGAAUUCUUUAUUCAAAGAGAUACCUGAGACUAGGACUUGCGCUGAUACUGGCAUGGAUGAGAAAUGGUGUGCGUGCCACAAUAUGAUUGACGCACGAAACGAUCCAGCAGGGAACAGAACUGUGGAAGUAAUGAUCACCUUCCUACGCACAAAAGCUAAGCAAAUACAGACUACUUCGAAUUGCACAAAAUGCACAAAAGUAAGACUGAAAUCUGUUCUAAGAAUCCAUUCGUACACGCAUCAUGGCAGCAAUUAUUAUGUGACAGCGAUAUCGCUGAGACCUUUCGACGUGGCAUUCGAAGCUGUCAUAGAAAAGGCAGGAGACGAACUCAAAAUUGCAUCGGAAAUAGAAAGAAUUACCACAUAUGAACCUACAGCGUACUGUGUAGUCAACAAGGCAGACAAGCCGUAUUGCGUGUGCGUGUACAAGAAAGAAUGUAAAAAGAAAAUGAAAAAAAAAACUGUCAAACAUAAAAAACUUAAAAAAGCCAAGCAUUUAUAGUUGAUACACCUAAGUAUUUAGAAUAUUUGCAACUUAGAAGCGG